AUGCUUACUGGUAAGUUGAAAAGGUCUGUAAAAGAAUUGGACUUCUUCUGUUCAUUCUACAAGACCACAAUUUGCAGCCCCUAUAGCAAGUUUCCUGUUGGGGCCGCCUUAUUAACCGCCGACGACACUGUAAUUGUUGGAGCGAACUGUGAGAAUGCGUCGUAUGGAGGCACAAUCUGUGCUGAGCGAAACGCCAUCACCACUGCCCUUUCGAGAGGAUUUCGUCAGUUCAAAACAAUCGCCGUAGUGACACAACUGGAAGAACCAGCCACUCCAUGUGGCAUGUGUCGUCAGUUUUUGAUCGAAUUUGGCGAUUGUCGGGUGAUUAUGGGAUCAUCUAAAGGCGAUAAGGUGAACGAAACAAGCCUCGCUGAGCUACUUCCGGAUGCUUUCACACCUGCCAAUCUUGAAACGCAUACUGAACAAUCAUCAAAAGACGAUUAA